GCUCUCUUUUCCCAAUUGUUGAAUUCUCAAAACAGAAAAGAAACCCGCCGGUCGCUCAUGCAUCCUUGCAUAGACCAACACUAAACCGAGAAUCAACAAUUAUUUCGCUCGACAAAGUUUAUACAACCUUCAGAAACUGAUUGAACCAUGGCUGCCCAGAGAACUGCAGAAUUGAGACGUCUGCUUGCGCGUCCUUACCCAUGGGUUAAAAAGUCUUUUAUUGUCGGGGCACCGAUGCGCAUCAUGGCCGGCCCAAACUUGGCCGUUGCCGUGUCUGCUGCUGGCGGCUUGGGGUUUCUAGGGCCACAGGUUAAGCCAGAUGGAGUACUGGCUGAUCUUGAUAAGGCCAGGGAACUGGUUGCAGCUUCUAGCUUACGCCACCCCCUGCUCCCUAUUGGCGUGGGCUUUCAGGUCUGGAACGGCGAUCUGAAGAUUGCAACAUCUGCGGUUGAGAAACACAAGCCGUGUGCUGUCUGGCUAUUUGCUCCGAGAAAUGGCCAGAAGGAGCUGGACGAGUGGACGACUUCUCUUCGUGGGGCCUCUCGUGAUACCCAAGUGUGGAUUCAGGUCGGCACGCUGAGUGACGCGAUUGCCGCUGUCAACAGCUUAACCCCUCCAGAUGUUCUGGUUGUUCAAGGCUCUGAAGCAGGUGGUCAUGGUAUGGCAAAGCAGAGCACCGGAACUAUUGUUCUGUUCCCUGAAGUGGCAGAUGCCGUGAAGGAGUCUGGAAUCCCCGUUGUCGCAGCGGGAGGAAUCAUCGAUGGGCGAGGUGUGGCUGCUGCCUUGUCUUUGGGAGCUGCUGGCGUCGCUAUGGGGACUCGAUUCCUUGCCUCUUCAGAGGCACGCAUCGCAAAGGGAUAUCAGGACGAAGUAGUUCGGGCAUCUGACGGUGCGAAAAACACUCUACGUACUCAGCUAUACAAUCAUCUGCGUGGCACAUUUGGCUGGCCCGAGCUGUUUUCACCUCGAACUCUCAUCAACCGUAGCUGGAUCGAUCACGAAGCAGGCGUUCCGUUUGAGAAGCUCCAGGUGCUACAUGAUGAGGCGGCCAAGAGUGGUGAUGCUGGUUGGGGUCCAGAGGGGCGACUUGCAACUUACGUCGGAACGGGCGUAGGUCUUGUGCGGAGCGUGCAAGACGCAGGAGUGAUUGUAGAGAGUGUGAGAAACGAGGCGAGGGAUAUUCUUAAGGCCUUGACCGAUGAUAUUUAAAGAGCAUUAGCAUGUAUUGUACUCCUGAUUGGUGGGCUAUUUGGUUUGGAGACUACACUGAGUUUCGGUAGUUUAAUGAAUUGGCAGACAUAGUGGUAUCAACUCUGUGUUCUGCUAAUAAUUUAUGAUAUACUUGGAAAGAGAUAAUGCG